AAGCCCAAAUUCGCAGUUAAAGCGAUUUUGCAGAGGGAUCAUCUGGUUGCCACGCUCCUCAUUUCACAGCCAUCUCUCUCGACACUGUAACGAAGCCAAGAGAGAAGAGAGACAACACAACAAAGAAGAAUGGGAUUGGGGUUACUCGCUUCUCGAACCCUUAGAUCUUCUAGGGUUUUCUCCUCAGCGGGCCGCAACGUUUUCCUCCGGUCAAUCGGCUCCACGCCGGACCUCCGCAACGCCGAGGCUGCAGCUGCUCAAGAGCCUGCGGCGCCGGAUCUACCCAAGCGGACUCCCGUCGGAGGCGCCCGCGUCCACUUCCCCAACCCGGAUGACGCCAUCGAGGUGUUCGUUGAUGAUUACCCGGUCAAAAUCCCCAAGGGGAUGACGGUUCUCCAGGCCUGCGAGAUCGCCGGCGUUGACAUUCCCAGGUUCUGCUACCACAGCCGCCUCUCCAUCGCCGGAAACUGCCGUAUGUGCCUCGUCGAGGUCGAGAAGUCCCCCAAACCCGUUGCCUCUUGCGCUAUGCCCGCACUCCCAGGAAUGAAAAUCAAAACAAAUACACCUGUUGCCAAGAAGGCCCGUGAAGGAGUAAUGGAGUUUUUGCUGAUCAAUCAUCCAUUAGAUUGCCCAAUUUGUGAUCAAGGUGGUGAAUGUGAUCUCCAGGAUCAGUCUAUGGCUUUUGGAUCUGAUCGGAGCCGUUUUACUGAAAUGAAGAGAUCUGUGGUUGACAAGAAUCUUGGUCCAUUGGUCAAGACCGUGAUGACCAGGUGCAUUCAGUGUACAAGGUGUGUUAGAUUUGCAACUGAAAUAGCUGGUGUGCAGGAUCUUGGUGUUUUGGGUCGUGGUAGUGGAGAAGAAAUUGGAACAUAUGUUGAGAAUUUGAUGACAAGUGAGCUUUCGGGGAAUGUUAUUGAUAUUUGUCCUGUUGGAGCCCUUACUUCAAAGCCUUUUGCCUUCAAAGCUAGAAAUUGGGAGUUAAAGGGUACAGAGAGCAUUGAUGUUACAGAUGCUGUUGGUUCAAAUAUUCGAAUUGACAGUAGGGGUCCCGAGGUUAUGCGCAUUGUGCCACGUUUGAAUGAGGACAUCAAUGAGGAAUGGAUAUCAGAUAAAACACGUUUCUUUUAUGACGGUUUGAAGAGGCAAAGGUUAAAUGACCCCAUGAUUCGGGGGGCAGAUGGACGAUUUAAGACUGUGAGCUGGCGUGAUGCCCUAGCUGUGGUUGCUGACGUUAUACAUAAAGUUAAGCCCGAGGAAAUUGUUGGAGUUGCUGGUAAGCUGUCUGAUGCAGAAUCCAUGAUCGCACUGAAGGAUAUCUUGAAUAGAUUGGGGUCAAACAACGUCCUGUGCGAGGGAAAUGGCUUUUCUCCAAAUGCUGAUUUGCGGUCUGAAUAUAUUAUGAAUACUGGCAUAAGUGGCUUGGAGAAAGCAGAUGUUUUCCUCUUGGUUGGUACCCAGCCAAGAGUCGAAGCUGCAAUGGUGAAUGCAAGAAUCCGUAAAACAGUUCGUGCAACGCAAGCUAAGGUUGGUUAUAUUGGCCCAGCUUCUGACUUCAACUAUGAUCAUGAACAUCUUGGCACAGGACCUCAAACCCUAACUGAAAUUGCCGAAGGUCGCCAUCAAUUUUUCUCAGCCCUCUCAAAUGCCAAGAACCCGGUCAUCAUUGUCGGUGCUGGUAUAUUCGAGAGGGAAGAUCGGGAUGCAGUUUUUGCUGCUGUUCAGAAUAUUGCAAAAAAAGCAAACGUUGUUAGACCUGAUUGGAAUGGAUUCAAUGUAUUGCUGCUGAACGCUGCCCAGGCUGCAGCUCUUGACCUUGGGCUCGUGCCAGAAUCUGAUAAAUGCAUAGACUCUGCAAAGUUUCUGUAUUUGAUGGGUGCUGAUGAUGUCAACCUCGAUAAACUCCCGAGUGAUGCCUUUGUGGUUUACCAAGGUCACCAUGGUGACCGCAGUGUGUACCGUGCCAACGUGAUCCUCCCAGCGUCAGCUUUUAGCGAGAAAGAAGGAACCUUUGUAAAUACAGAAGGAUGUGCUCAAACCUCAGUACCAGCAGUACCCACAGUCGGUGAUGCUAGGGAUGAUUGGAAGAUAGUUAGAGCAUUAUCUGAGGUUGCAGGUGUCCCGCUGCCUUAUGAUUCCCUUGGGGCAAUCCGCUCUCGGAUGAGGACUGUUGCACCAAACCUGUUGGAGAUAGACGAGAGACAACCAGCAACAUUCUCGACCCUUUUGAAGCCAGAAUGCAAGCAAGCCAUAAGUCCCGCCCCAUUUAAACCUGCCAUAGACAACUUCUACAUGACAGACUCGAUAACCAGAGCAUCAAAGAUCAUGGCACAAUGCAGCGCGACAUUGCUGAAGAAGUGAGUGGUGAUUUUAGACCCUGUAAUAAGAGUCUCCAUGCACUUUUGUCUUUUUUUUUUUUUUUUUUUUUUUUUCAAUUGAAUUGUGAUGGAUUCUUUACUGAGGACAAAGGAUAGGAAAAACAGCAAACCUGAAAACCUUAGUGCCAUACAUAAAAUUCUCAUAAAUGGCAAUGUAAUUUUGGUUUGCUGUUUGUACCUUUUUUUCCUGUAAUUUUCCUUAACAGGCUGCCUACCAAUGUGGUUGUUCCCACAUUUGAUAUAAAUGUUGUGCUCUCUACACCA